AACGCUCAAGGCCAGACCCAAAUCACCUGCAAAUCAUGAACGUGAGAAGCUUCACUAUGCUGCAAACUCUAAGAAACUCUUGGCGCACAUUUCCACGUCGCUUUGCCACAAAAGUAACGGUAGUUGGUGGGGAUGAGAUUGGUAGUGGCACCGGCAUCGGCCAAAUCACUGGACGUGUGCGUAGUAAAGACGGCGGUCCACACAAGGUAAACACGCCGUCCAAAGAAGUUGUUACGCACCUGCCGCCCCUAACCGAACCGCUGCCAAACUUGCCGGAGGCCGUCUAUGCCAAGCCCUUAGUAGAGAGCGCCACCACAAAGGUGACGACACUGGUGAAUGGCUUACGCAUCGCCUCGGAGCCACGCUACGGACAAUUCUGCACCGUUGGUCUCGUUCUGGAUUCCGGGCCACGAUACGAAGUCGCCUAUCCCAGUGGUGUUUCCCAUUUUCUUGAGAAACUUGCGUUCAAUUCGACAGUUAACUUCCCCAAUAAGGAUGCAAUUCUUAAGGAGUUGGAAAAAAACGGCGGCAUCUGUGAUUGCCAAAGCUCAAGGGACACGCUUAUCUAUGCAGCGAGCAUUGAUAGUCGGGCAAUUGAAUCCGUUACCCGAUUACUGGCUGACGUAACCUUGAGGCCCACGCUGAGCGAACAGGAAGUGAAUUUGGCACGACGGGCUGUAAGCUUUGAGUUGGAAACGCUUGGCAUGCGACCCGAACAGGAGCCAAUACUCAUGGACAUGAUACAUGCGGCUGCUUAUAAGGAAAACACGCUAGGUUUGCCAAAACUGUGCCCGCCAUCGAAUCUGGAUAGCAUUGAUCGCAACGUCUUAAUGAACUAUUUAAGAUAUCAUCAUACGCCGGAUCGUAUGGUCAUCGCCGGUGUUGGUGUGGAUCACGAUGAGCUGGUUGACCAUGUUACCAAAUAUUUUGUCGACACCGAGGCCAUUUGGAUGAACGAAAAUCUGACAAGCACAGGGCCCAAUCAAGUGGACACAUCACAAGCUCAGUAUACGGGCGGCUUAGUUAAAGAACAUUGUGAAAUUCCGAUAUAUGCGGCGGCUGGACUACCGGAGCUGGCGCACGUUGUGCUCGGCUUUGAGGGUUGCUCUCACCAAGACUCAGAUUUUGUGCCAUUGUGUGUGCUUAACAUAAUGAUGGGAGGCGGCGGCUCCUUUUCUGCUGGAGGACCAGGCAAGGGCAUGUACUCUCGCCUCUAUACCAAAGUCUUGAAUCGCUACCAUUGGAUGUACAGCGCAACAGCGUACAAUCAUGCCUAUGUGGAUACGGGUCUCUUCUGCAUACACGGCAGUGCACCGCCACAGCAUAUGCGAGAUAUGGUAGAGGUUCUCACACGAGAACUGAUGAACAUGACCGCCGAGCCGAGCAACGAAGAGCUGAUGCGCUCCAAAAUACAAUUGCAAUCGAUGCUACUGAUGAACCUCGAGUCCCGACCGGUUGUGUUCGAAGAUGUAGGACGUCAAGUUCUAGUUACGGGGUAUCGCAAGCGACCCGAACACUUCAUCAAUGAGAUUGAAAAAGUAACAGCCGCUGAUAUACAACGCGUUGCUCAAAGACUUCUUAACUCUGUCCCUUCGGUGGCAGCUCGUGGUGACAUUCAGAAUCUGCCAGAGUUGAAGGACAUUACGAACGCCUUGAAUAGCAGCGGACGAUCGCUUGGACGCCGUCUGUCGCUCUUUAAGUAAACUUUAAGCUUCCCUGACUAAAUACGUUGUUGAAUUUGCAUUGCAUUUUGUACCGAUAGGCAUUCUUGAAAUCAAUUUGAUUGUUUAAAUUUACAAUUCUUGCUAUACGACAAAUUUA